UCCAUCGUGUGUGCAUUUGUUAUGUCGCCGACUAGAAACACAUUCAUUCCGUUUUGCUUUGACACGCUAACUGCUCACGUUUGGUUUUGAGCUUUUGAGUGUCAAGUCUUUUUUCGUCGGUAAACAUGUCCGAGGCUCUGCUGCAGUGGUGUGUGGACCAGUUACACCACAAGUUCGGAUUGGAUGCCUGCGAAGACAUCGUCCAAUACAUUCUGUCCAUCGAAAAUGCAGAUGGGAUCGAGGAGUAUGUGGGAGACCUCCUGCAGGGCACAGAUGGGAGGAAAGGACAGUUCAUCGAUGAAUUCCUCAGCAGGUGGAAGAAGACUCAAAGACAGGCCACGGAUACCUCGAGUCCUUUCUCUCUCAAGGAAACUUUUUCAUCACCAGAGUCACAAGACAUGACCAAAGACAGCCAGAAGAAGUCAAAACGCAAGGGUCGUAACAAACUGGAGGUGCUGAAUGUAAACCCAACAGAGCCGGAGCCAGAGGCAGUCAAAACCCCCAUUGAUCAGAUGAGGGCCCAAGAAAACAGCAGUUCUUCUUCAACAAAGAAGAAAAGUAAGUUUGUUAAUCUCUAUGCUAAAGAGGGACAAGACAAGCUGACUAUCUUACUCCCAGGUCGACAUGCCUGUGACUGCCUUGCCCAAAAGCACAAGCUUAUAAACAACUGCAUCAGCUGUGGUCGCAUCGUAUGUCAGCAAGAAGGUUCAGGACCUUGCCUCUUCUGUGGAAGCCUGGUCUGCACAGGAGAGGAGCAGGAGAUCCUGCAACGAGACUCCAACAAAAGCCAGAAACUACGAAAGAAGCUGAUGGGAGACCCUGCAGAAAGAGAUUAUCUCCCACGCCAAGAGGCCAAGAUGAAGGCUGGCUUGGAGAAGGCUGUGCAGCACAAAGAAAAACUGCUGGAAUAUGACAAGAAUAGUGUCAGGAGAACGCAGGUUCUGGAUGAUGAGUCGGAUUACUUUGCCACUGAAUCCAAUCAGUGGUUGUCACCCAAUGAGCGGGAAAAGCUGAGGAAACAGGAAGAGGAGCUGAGAGAACUUCGCUAUGCCUCUCGCAAGGACAGGAAGAUCACAUUGGACUUCGCUGGCAGACAAGUGCUUGACGAGGGAAACAACCUCAACGAGUACUACAACAAGUUGGAUGAGACCCUCAUGGCUAUGAACAGCGACUCUACAUCCAAAUCGCCAGUGUAUUCUAAAAGACAAGGCGGAAGACAGACCCUCGGAGAGCUGGUCAACCCCAACAUAAUGCAGUCCGCACCAGAGUGGGUGGAUGUUGGAGGCAGCAAGAGAAACACGAAGCAGGGAAAGAGCUCGGCAGAGGACAAGGGAGGAGAGGAACGGCACAAGUUGCGUCUCCAAGACAAAGACUUGCAGGAGAUGUCUGACGGGGGCUGGUGCCUCAGCAUGCACCAACCGUGGGCCACGCUGCUGAUCAAAGGCAUCAAGAGGGUUGAGGGGCGAACUUGGUACACAUCCCAUCGGGGUCGUCUUUGGAUUGCUGCUGCAGCCAAGACGCCCACUCCUCAGGAGAUUGCUGAGGUGGAGGCCAUGUACCGCCAAGUGUACAAGAAAGAGCCCAGGUUUCCUAAAGACUACCCCACCGGCUGCCUGUUGGGCUGCGUCAACGUGACCGACUGCCUGUCUCAGGAGCAGUUCAGAGAGCAGUUCCCUGGUACCUCUGAGGAGUCUGCUUCUCCAUUUGUCUUCAUCUGCACCAACCCCCAGGAGCUGCUGGUGAAAUUCCCCAUGAAAGGGAAGCACAAGAUCUGUAAGUCCUGCUUCUUUCAUGUAAGGGGAAGUGAAGUAGAUGAAAUUAGCCUGAGCCAACUGGAUUCUUUCUUUUCAAAUUUCUUUAUUAUUAUAUUUUCUUUUGUCAGCUUUCUCCUCUGCAUUUGUAAGCACACACACACACACACAUGCAUAGCUGGACCUGCAAAAGAGUGAUAAUGCCGGGAACGGGGUCUGAUUACUACAUGUUUAUUGAUAGAACAAAAUGAAAUGCACAAACCGUUGUCCCACGUACGCAUGUGCAGAGCCUCUCUGAGAGCCAUCUGUAAAGACGGGGUUUUGCUGUCUGGUUGCCUGGGGGACAAGCCAGGCCUGGAUGUGCGAUGCUGUAUUGUGUGAUUUAUAAUAGGACUCAAACACAUUUUCCCUCCGCUGCCAUAGCCGCUGCUGCAAAAUGAUGUACCUGCAAGCUCUUUUCUUAAUAUUUCAAAACCCUCUAAAGACUUGAGAGGAUUGUUUAUGCAGCUGUGCCUCUUUCACAUCUUUCUGGAUUGAUAUAGAAGACUUUUUUUUUUUUUUUUUUUAGCGGCUGAAGGUAAAAAAUGUAGCAGGAGUCUGACUAACAUGGAUUUAAUGACCGUGUCUCCAUUCUUUAGAUUUUAGAGGUUUAGCACAGACAUGGCCAGUGGACUUGAGAAACGCAUUGAGUUUGAUCACUGAUAUAGAAGAUUUCAGAAGACUAUUAAUAUUGUUUAAGUCUUCCUCUCUGUCUUUAAUUGUUUAUACUUUUCAUUCUAACUGUGAUUAUGAUGGUCUUGAAUAAAAGGCUCAACCUGGUGAAACAUGCUGACGCAUCGUUAGAGGCCGGCUUGCUGUCGUGGGCUCAGAUCGCUGGACGUGCAUUAUUUAGACCUACAGCUUGUGGUUUUAUGAAUCAGCAUCUUACGUUCUAUCGCUGGUGAAAUAUAUAUGGCUUUGUUGAACUUGCCCGUUGUAAAUUGUUAACCAUUAAUAGUCUUUAUUCAUUUUGAAUGUAACUGCAGCCUGUUUUUUUCCAGUUAGUUGUGAUAACUCAUAUUUUGCGGACUUGUUUUCUGAAAAAAAAAAAAGAUGAAAUGCUGUGUCAGAAAAAGGAGAAAUACUUAGAUAAGCCUUUACUCUUUGGUUUUGGUUUUCAAUGACCUUGCAUUUAUACCAUCUACAAAAACACUACAGCAGCAGUAUCUUUACUGAGGUUACCUUCACUCUGAACCGGUGGCAUUCUGCAUCGCAUUGCCUGCUAUCGGAUGUAACGGUACAAUACAGUCCUCCAGCUUUGUUCCAGCUCACACAUUACACUAACAGCUACUAUCCGAACGUUAACAACACAAAAGCUUACACAGUGGAACAAAUUCACAAGUUAGAGCAUUGAUAUACCCUCAAAAACACCAGCUGGUGAUUCUGUACAUACUGUAUGUCAUUCAAGAACCUGUGAAAUGCUUUUGGUAGUGAGCUCCCAUCACAUAAAUCAAAUCAAAUAUAAAAGUAUUUCAGAAUAUCACAAAUAUGCAAAAUUGUUAAUUCAUUAUGCACCGAAAGUUAUUUACCCACCUUUAAAAUAAAAUAGGCUAUCUCUGUUUAUAAUACCUUCCAUACCAGCUGUGUCUAUUCUCUGCAUGUGCAGAGUUUUGCAUGCAUUGUCAUCAUGUAGUGUGCGUUGAUCACAGCACACUCCCUGCUGUCCACAUUAGCCUGGUAUUUGGAGCGGUUAUCCUGACCCACUGGACCUACACAGUCCAGCCUGUCUCAUUCUUCUGUCACCAGCUAGCUUUUUUCUCUCUCUCUCUCUCUCUCUCUCUCUCUCUCUCUCUCUCUCUCUCUUGCUCCUUGCUUCCACCUCAAUUCCCACUGCAUCUCACGGGUCAAGGCAAUGCCGCUCAUCUUACUCAGGGGGGCUUAGCACGCAAGUAUUUUUUUUUUGCUCCCCCAACAGCUUACAUCGACAAGAUCCCCUUGUCACUGGCAUUGCCAGCCAUCUCAUGCCUCAUCAGAAUGAGCGAGGGGAAAAAAAAAAGCUGCAGUCCCUUCUGCCUCUUCCGCUCCUUUCAGCAGACUCUGGGCUUUAUUACACAACAUGCGCUAUUGUUGUUGUUUUGUCUUUAGUCUGUUGAACAUUAAUGUGGUAGAUAAUGUAAAAAAUGUAGAAAUGACAUUGCAAUCUGAUGACAAUCUGCAGUCAUGUUGUAGGAAAGUGGGAGCCUUUUGAUAGAUAUUGAGGAUCUAACUGGCCUUGAUAUUACAAAAUAUGCUGAAAAUGUUAGCGGGAAUUUUAGUGCUAGCUUUAUUUAUUUAUUAACAUCCCCAUUAGCUGUUACCUUGGCAACAAUUACUCUUCCCCUGGUCCAUUUAAGAUAAACAUACAGCGGACAUCUCUAACUGCUAUAAUCCCCACCCAUUAAAGUCAGUAUUACUUUGAUUUCAUUCAUCGCUAAUCUGUUUGCCAUCAGUUACGAAAAGCAUUUUUGAGGUAAUUUAAUUGAGGUUUGUUUUUUUAUUUUGGCUCUUCUGUGUGAUUGUAAUUUGCAACUGCUUGCGUUUAGUUUUUUUUGUGAUAUGAAUGGGAAUGGUUUUUAUUUUGUCUGACUGGCGAGCCAAAGAAAUGAGCUGAGAGCUGCGUGAGGCUGCCAUCUGCCGCGUUGUUUCUCGUAGGGUCGGCAGUUCUUUGCUUUGGUGUAGUGAUAUUGCAUAUUACAGCGUGGAAGCAGGCACACCCACGUAUGGAUGAACAUUAUUGGAAGCAUUCGGCAAUUAUCAAAUAAAGUGUUGCUGACUCUCUCUCUCUCUCUCUCUGGACAGUUUUACAGUUGGCUUUGUAGAUAAUAUGUUGGGCUGUGCUCGACGCAGGUUGAUCAGUUAUUACCCUGUGGAGUCUGUGACAUUUAAAAUGGCAUGCAGCCAAGGCUCACUCCCUGUAAUAAGGGAUAUGCAUUAUGGUUUAUGGUCACAUCCUGUGAACAUUUGUAUCGAUGUGUGUGUGUGUGUGUGUGUGUGUGCGUGCGCUCUUCUGUGUGAGCUGAAGGUCAGUCUGGAUGUGUUGAAAGCUAUUUGGCUCUCUGACAUGAAUCCUUUUUCUCCUCCUUAUAGCUAGCCUUCACUUAGCCGUAUGUGUUUAAUAAGCGGACUUCCUCCGUAUGAUGUGGCUGUGUACACACAGCAAGUGUGUACACAGCCACACGGUAAAAGUGAAACACAAAUCAUACACCACUAAAACAUUUUUUUAUCAGUUAGUGUCCGUGAGCUCUAAUACAAAAUGCCAAACCAAACUUGCUCUCCACCCAAAGAUAUCAUUUGUUUAUAUUUUCAAUGAAUAGUUUUACGUUUCCAGUAAAAGGGCCAAAAUGACUGGACCUUUUCAGCUGAUCUUAAUGGUACAAACUCAUUAAUUUAUGUAAAAUAUAAUUACCCUCCUCAGGCCACAACAGAUUUUCAACCAACAUUAGUUUGCCAUGGUUACAGUGGGCAGUUGAUUAUCUUGUAGCAUGCAGGGAUUCAUGAGUCAAACCUCUUGGCCUCACGCCGAACCUCAAACCAGUGGGAGGCAUCACAAUUAGCCACCAAACAUGUUUGAUUUGAAUGACUGGAAUCUGAACAAGAUCCAGUAGUCUGGCGGAGAUCUGAGCUCAGAUUAUGUGGUGAUCAAUUCAACGUGUGAUGGCAACUCCUUUUGGUGAGGUAGGGAGUUUCCUACAUAAGCCAUGACGGUUCCAUCCCCUUUGUCAUCCUUAAACCGAAUUUAUUUAGGCUUAACUUUAAAUUUUCUAGAACUUUGAAUCGCCGUCCAUCUCAACCUAAAUUGGUCGACAUCACGCUUCGGCCGUCGCCGCUGAACGAGCCUGAAGCCGCUCCCUCCGCUGUUCUGCAGAACAAAGCGUGAGGUAACCUGAGAAUUAUGUUUGACCUUCCUCUUAUGAUGCCUCCGAAGAAUUCAAAUCCUAUUGCUCCCGAGCAUGAAGGGUGGAUACCCAGAGUAAUGUUCCGUGAGUGAAUCAAAUGGCUUUAAGCCUUGUUUAAAGAGCGCUCGACCAGCAAGAAAAAAGAACGUGCAAAUCUCUUGUACAAGUACUCCCAUAUACAACUGAGUAAAGCACUGAAUUAGUCAAAGAAGAGCAACAGUUCAAGUGUUCAAAAUGUGGUCGAUAAGCUCAAGGCAUCUGAUGCCUUUUGUUCCAUCUUGGGAUAAUUUAGCAGGCUUCAAAGUAGUACUAGUAGAUACGGCAGAAAAUGUUAUCGCGAUUAAAAAAAAUAAUUCUGCCCUUUUUAGUGUGCAUUUGUUCUGUAAAGAUUCAUCCAUUAUAGAAACAAAACAGAAUGUCCUUUAACAGAUUUUAAAGCAGAAAAGGUCAUUCUAAGCUCUUCACUGAGCCUGCUGCAGAGCGUCUAACUCUUGUGAUAUUACAUAUGAAUUCAGUGAGUGCUUUGUGAGGACUGGCUUAUCUUUUUCUGUAAAGAUUAGUCACUCUGAUGGCUCUCCAGCAGAUACAAAAGAGCUCUUUUUUUUUUUUUUUUUUUUUUUUUCUUUUUUUGCUGAAGGCUUGAUCCAACUACGGGGGAAGGAAGUCAUGGGUAUAAUUACUAAGAUGAGAAAUUCCACUCCCGCUCCAGGUCAUGAUGAGAUCUUUUUAUCUCUACCAGCGUACGUCAUUGACAUAUAGAUAAUCUCAGAAUCACUGGAGACCAGAGUCGUUUCAAAGGACCUCAAGGUCGACAAAGUCUUUACGCCCACAGCGCCAACAGCAUUUUCCUCCAUUUCUUCAGAUUCUAUUUUCUCAAGUACAGCAGAGUGUUUGAACAUGCAAUGUAUAUAAUCAUUUGUAAUUAUCCGAACAAUUGUGCUCUUCCAGUAGAAGUAAUGCUAUGUUUAGUUGUUGAGCAUGGAAGUACAUAUGCACUCUUGAUAUGUUGGAUAGUAUUAGAUAACAUGGGAUAUGGAGUGUCUCUUUCUAUUACAGAUGGACAGCCUCAACAGUCAACUCUGUCUUAUUUUGGUUUUCAUUAUCAUAAUUAAGCAAUAUAACGAUGUUCUCCAAAUAAAGGUGUUUUUGUUUUUUUUGUUGCUGUCACCAGCAAAAACAAAUUGCUUAAAGUACAUGCUGUUAGUAGUAUAUUGUAGAGCUCAGUGAAAACAAUGGGCUGGGUAAUUAUAGACCAAUUGCUCCACUUUACCACCGUCAAACUGGAGGACGUUGUUAAUUUCUCUCCUCUCCUUCGGUAUCUCUCUUAUUUUGGAAGAAAACCACAACAAAAUUAAGCCAUAAUCGCUCCUGUCUUGUGAGCUCAGUCAGUUUGCAAUCUGGUCGGUGUUUAUCAUCGUUAGACGAUUGUGGACGUGAAAUGUUCUCACCGUCUCUAAUAGCCGUUAAUGGCCUCAAAGUGAGGAUCCUUAAGACUCCACUCCUGGUUGAUAUGGUGGUACCUGUGGAUACUGGUGGUAAUAGCAAGUGCAGUUCAACACGAGCAGCAAAUGACUCCUUGAGCAGCUGCUCCGUCAGAAAUACAAUCCACUGGUGUAUCUGAUUACAUUGAAUGCUCUUAAUGUGAAGCAACAGCAGUAGGAAGUGUUGGGUUUGAAUUAGCAGUGAUUUACUGAAGCUGUGAUGUAGUGUUAGCAGAGUCAACAGCAGGCAGUGAGUUAGAAUUAAUACAGUAAAGCUAGAUCAUAUGCACAACUCAUUUCCCUCGUGCAUGUGAAGACAAUUUGGACUUGGACUGGCGGACUCCGCCACUAACAAUGAAAAAUGCCUUAUAGAGCAGUAAUUAGAGAAUGGCUGCCAUAAAUAUUAUAAAAAAGGGUCGGAUUUCUUAACUACUAUUCUACGGCUCUAAUCCAGCAACAUUUUCUUCAUUUAACUUAACUCAUCACACUCAUGAUUAGUGCAUGACAAUGGGGCUGUCAUUUACAGAAUAUGUAUGUAACACUAACACACUCAAACGCAUCUAACACAGCAGCAACACUAGCAGCUACUGCAUGACGUCUCGUGAUUUGUCUCAAUGUGCUCUGUUUAAAGAAUGCAGGCCACUGAAUUUCCAGUACAAUACAUAUUCAGCACCCUUAUAGGAAUUGCUUGAAGCAAAAUAAUCUAUAUGUACUUGUUCCUGUUUAAGAGCCACGUGCCAAGGGACUAGUGAGUAUACAUCGCAUGUAACUGAUUCUCUUUAUUUGUUUCUCAUGCAUUCAACAUCAUAGCCCUUGUACACAACACCUUACCAGCUCUCUGUUCAAUAUCAUUUGCGUCUUCUGCGCAUACAUUAUAGAGCUGUUGCAAUAUGUAUGUCUUUUAUCCCUCAGGUUGCACCUCAUAUAGAAAUAAGGCAAUAUAUUCACAGUGAAAAUAUUGCAGUUGAAUUUUGCUCCACUAACCAUCGGCUGCACUGUUACCUUGUGAUUACCUCUUCGUUUUAUGUGUGAAAUUGAAGCACCAUGGGAUUGCGAAUAGAGCGAGCCAAUUACCUAACAAACGUCCACCUUCUCUCCUGAGGUGGUCGUGAUUUUUUUUUUCCCAGUCCCCUCUAUUUCUCCCCUGCGCUCUUCUUCUGUCAUCCGCUGCUGGGAGACAGAAAGAGGUUAGAGCGACGGAAGUCCUUUUUUUGAUUAUUUAUUCAUGGAUUUUCCAUUUAAUAUUCAUGCCUUUUUUCCAGGACUAUCUGGGUGCAGAGGAGAAUUUUCUGCCUCGGAGGUGGCCGGGGCCAAAAAAUCAGGUUUCGGCUCCAAUGAGCUCAGCGGAUGGAGGGAAGAGAGAGGCAGAGAGAUGGAUAGAGAGGGAACAAGAGAGCGGGGUUUCAUGUGUUCUCUAGUAAAUGAGAGGCAGGCCUUGAAGGUGACAGGCUGUGUUUAUUACUGAUCUGUCAGCCGGUUAAUGGGGAGAGGAGAGGAGAGGAGAGAGCUGAGCUGAGCUGUCGAGCAGAGACCAGAGCACACAGGCAUGGGAGCGAGAGGGAGCCCCAAGCAAUAAACUUUGCCAUACUAGAAGUGCUUGUCCUUACAGAUUCACUGGCAACACUCCUGCAUGCUGAAUUGCAUUCACUGGAAACUAAAUUAGUCUGUAACAAAGAGUAUUUUACUGUAUUGUUAUGAAAAUGGUAUUUUUGAAAACGGAAAGGAAUGCACUGUAUCCCUAUUUUUGACUGCUGUACUUUCUAAAGCCCAAAUUAUACAUUCUGUAUCCAUGUGGCUGCGUACAUUUUAUUAUCUACCUGUGUCUGCGAGGGUCUGUGCAGCAUAAAAUGUAUGACUUUGUGUGACUCCCCGCAGAAUAUCGAGUGAGCACAUCCGUAUACAUGCAGACAGGCUGGAACAUGCUUCUCCAGGCUGCAUGUGGGAGGAUGUGCACGAGGGGUGUUUGGAGCAGUUUUCUUGUCUUUUUCUUUUACACUUGUGUGUACGAUCAGCUUGAUUGGCGCUGCGGGCGUUGUUGGGAUUUGGGAGGCCUGCACAUUGGCUUCUCUGUGAGCCUUUGCGACCUGCAGUUACCCACAACACCCUUCUAUGUGUCGGUUCACGGGGCCGUGUCUGUAAAUCUUCUGAAAUCUAUCAGAAAAUUCUAUUUUGGACUAAAUCCGGUCAUCAACGUGUCAAAACAACAGUCCCCCACAUUCACCUCAACUACAGCUUGAGUAGAAAACAACCAACACUUUUCCAUUAUGUACAGAAUAAUCACAAAAAAGGCUAUUAUGAAAGAAUGAAUUGUUACCUUUGUCAUGGAGGUUAUGGCGUUAUCAGGCCAUCUUAACAGCGUAACAGAUUACUAUAAAGUAUUACAUUUAUUGUGCCGAUAACAAUCCAGGUGCAUAUCUAAGAUUUGGUUCAAGGAUCUCUUAACGUUGCAAGAUUCACUAGAUUGGACAUAUUUAGCUGUAUCCUCGUGUUAAUCUUACUGCACUUACAUGAAUAAGAACAAUCUGGCAUAAGUACUGUAUCCUAAGAUUAUCUUUGUGCAUUUUGCUGUAGAUCAAAUGCCAUAACAUUAACAUUUUUUUAGUACCGUGUAGCCUUGACAGAAACGUGCUUUGCCGGAGAGCUUUGUGCAGUAUUUGAUUGCACUUGAGCCCAGAGGUUUUAUCAGCUGCCCUCGGUAAUGAAACCUUUGGUUUUUCCGUCUCAGCAAAGGGUGAAAAGCCUGUGUAAAGAUAUUGCUCUUUGUUGUAGCAAUAGAUUUGUCUUUCCUUAUCUCAACUCAGCAUUGUUGCCUUUAUCAGUCACCAUUACAAAAUCCAUAUCAGUCAGCAUUUGACGUGCCAGUGCUUUCUUCAGUGUCACGUUUUCUGCAUGACUGGCAACGCUUUCUGCAGAUUCUGUUGACUUGUUAUUUAAUGUAAUGCAAUUAUCGCUUGUUACAAGGCUUCAUAUGUAUGUGUCUGCAUGCUGCUCUGGUUUAAACAGAUAUCCGAAUGCAUUCAGUUAUACUAUAGAUGUGUGGGAAGCUUACUGUAUCUUUUGUUAUGGAUAUAGAUGUUACUGCAUUGUUGCACAAGCCAGUUUUUCUGAUGAUGCCUGUGAGGGUUAUACUCCUGAGGUUCAAAUUGAUUUAGUCUUCCGGAUGAAAGUGUAGCAAGGAGAGCAAUGCCCGUUUCAUGCACUCAGCGCUGUGGAUUUAAAAAACAUGGGCUUUCCAACCAAAUUAUUUCUGCGAACAAGUGAUUUUUUUUACUGGAAAGGGAAAAAAACCUCAAACCCUAUUUUCCCCGUGCAGGCUUGGGCCCAUCAGAAGUAUCUGUUUUCAUUCUUACCUCAGGCUUAUAAAGUGCACAGCAUUCAUUCUGAUCCAGGGUUUGAACGCUGCUCAUCUCCUCUCAAAGCAGCAAACGCAUCACACUUUCUUCUAUGGUCUCACAUUCUCACAUUAUAUGGGUCAGUGUACGUGAAGUUAGAGGCACAAAACAGCACUUACACUGGCUUCACUUCAUCUUUUGGGUGCAUUGUAAAUACAUAAGUAAUCACAGCUCUGGGUCUGUCUCUUCUGUGACUGGACCCUUAUGUUGGUUAGCUUUCUGGUUUCAUUCCCACAUUUUCUUUUGUCUUCCCUAUUUUGUCCAUUGUUUCUCCCCCUCUGUCUUUGUCUCCGUCCUAAACCUGUCGGAGUAAUCAAUCUGGAUCGGCACUGAGAAGGGGGGAUGCAGACAGAUGUGCUUUGCAAUGUGAUCGAUGUUCUUGAUUUGUGAGAGAUUACUGCUGUGUGUGUGUGUGUGUGUGUGUGUGUGUGUGUGUGUGUGU